AUUUGUAGUCCUAGAUCCGAUCCAGCGCGGCUACAAAAGGGCGAGAGAGAACCACAAAUCCCAGAAGCCCUCGCGCCCACUCGUCUCCCUCCCCUCCAGAAGUCGGAGUGCUGUUUUUGUUGUUGGUGAAAGGUGAGGGCAACAGCUGAUCCGUCUGUUGGGAAGACAGAGAUCAAGGACAGGAUGGAAGAAUCACCACUAAGCCGGGCACCAUCCCGUGGUGGAGUCAACUUUCUGAAUGUAGCCCGGACCUACAUCCCCAACACCAAGGUGGAAUGUCACUACACCCUUCCCCCAGGCACCAUGCCCAGUGCCAGCGACUGGAUUGGCAUCUUCAAGGUGGAGGCUGCCUGUGUUCGGGAUUACCACACAUUUGUGUGGUCUUCUGUGCCUGAAAGUACAACUGAUGGUUCCCCUAUCCACACCAGUGUCCAGUUCCAAGCCAGCUACCUGCCCAAACCAGGAGCUCAGCUCUACCAGUUCCGAUAUGUGAACCGCCAGGGCCGGGUGUGUGGGCAGAGCCCCCCUUUCCAGUUCCGAGAGCCAAGGCCCAUGGAUGAACUGGUGACCAUGGAGGAGGCUGAUGGGGGCUCUGACAUCCUGCUGGUUGUCCCCAAGGCAACUGUGCUACAGAACCAGCUAGAUGAGAGCCAGCAAGAACGGAAUGACCUGAUGCAGCUGAAGCUGCAGCUGGAGGCACAGGUGACAGAGCUGAGGAGCCGAGUGCAGGAGCUCGAGAGGGUUCUGGCAACUGCCAGGCAGGAGCACGCGGAGCUGACGGAACAGUACAAGGGAAUUUCGAGGUCCCAUGGGGAGAUCACAGAAGAAAGGGACAUCCUGAGCCGGCAACAGGGAGACCAUGUGGCACGCAUCCUGGAGCUGGAGGACGACAUCCAGACCAUCAGUGAGAAAGUGCUGAUGAAGGAGGUGGAGCUGGACAGGGUUAGAGACACAGUGAAGGCCCUGACCCGGGAACAAGAGAAGCUCCUUGGGCAACUGAAAGAAGUCCAAGCAGACAAGGAGCAAAGCGAGGCUGAGCUCCAAGCAGCACAACAGGAAAACCAUCGCUUAAAUUUGGAGCUGCAGGAGGCCAAGAGCUGGCAAGAGGAGCAGAGCGCUCAGGCCCAGCGACUGAAAGACAAGGUGGCCCAGAUGAAGGACACCCUAGGCCAGGCCCAGCAGCGGGUGGCUGAGCUGGAGCCCCUGAAGGAGCAGCUUCGAGGGGCCCAGGAGCUUGCAGCCUCAAGCCAGCAGAAAGCCACCCUUCUUGCGGAGGAGUUGGCCAGCGCAGCAGCAGCCAGGGACCGCACCAUAGCCGAACUACACCGCAGCCGCCUGGAAGUGGCUGAGGUCAAUGGCCGGCUGGCUGAGCUCAGUUUGCACUUGAAAGAAGAAAAAUCCCAAUGGAACAAGGAGCGGGCAGCGCUGCUGCAGAAUGUGGAGACAGAGAAGGACAAGAUCCUGAAGCUGAGUGCAGAGAUACUUCGACUAGAGAAGGCAGUUCAGGAGGAGAGGACCCAAAACCAGGUGGUGAAGACUGAGCUGGCCCGGGAAAAGGAUUCUAGCCUGGUACAGUUGUCAGAAAGUAAGCGGGAGCUGACAGAGCUGCGAUCAGCCCUGCGUGUGCUCCAGAAGGAAAAGGAGCAGUUACAAGAGGAGAAGCAGGAAUUGCUAGAGUACAUGAGAAAGCUGGAGGCCCGCCUGGAGAAGGUGGCAGACGAGAAGUGGAAUGAGGAUGCUGCCACCGAGGAUGAGGAGGCUGCUGCGGGGCUGAGCUGCCCAGCAGCUCUGACAGACUCAGAGGACGAGUCCCCAGAAGACAUGAGGCUCCCACCCUAUAGCCCUUGUGAGCAUGGAGAUCCAGGCUCUUCUCCUUCUGGGCCUCGAGAGGCUUCUCCACUCGUUGUCAUCAGCCAGCCGGCUCCCAUUUCUUCUCACCUCUCUGGGCCAGCUGAGGACAGUAGCUCUGACUCGGAGGCUGAAGAUGAGAAGUCAGUCCUGAUGGCAGCUGUGCAGAGUGGGGGCGAGGAGGCCAACUUGCUGCUACCUGAACUGGGCAGUGCCUUCUAUGACAUGGCCAGUGGCUUUACAGUGGGUCCCCUGCCAGAAGCCAGCACUGGGGGCCCUGCCACCCCCACGUGGAAGGAGUGUCCUAUCUGUAAGGAGCGCUUCCCUGCUGAGAGCGACAAGGAUGCCCUGGAGGACCACAUGGAUGGACACUUCUUUUUCAGCACACAGGACCCCUUCACCUUUGAGUGAUCUUACUCCCUCAUACAUGCACAAAUACACACACACACACACACACACACACACACACACACACACGCAUAUACUUAUGCCCAUUUUCUACCACACCCGGCUCCGUGAGAUUCUGUUCCCUAAGAACUGCUUCUGUGUGUGCCCUGCUUUCAUCCCAGGAUUUCUCACUUUAUCCUCUCCUGCCUGGCUCUUUCGUCCCAGGUAGGGGUCCUGUUCAGAAGCAGUGGCUGAAUUUACCCCCUGAAGGCGGUUUUGGAGGAAGCGGGCUGGAGGCCUUCCCCUGUGGGAACAGCCCUGGUUGCUGCUGAUACACAGCCACUGCACACACACACACUCACUCACACACACUCCCAUGUCUGAUGCCCCAAAGCCAGUCCCUGGGGCACCCCACCCUCUCUUAUUUGGGGUUUUCGUUUGUUUACCUGAGUUUUCUCCGGGGCCUGCACAGAGGCAGCAGCAUGGCCAUCCCGGCCUCGUGGGUCCCUUUUGGUCCUCAGCUUCUUUGGCUCCUCCUUCUGUUGCCCCGUUGCCUCCUGCGCCCACCCCAGCCUUUUCCAUAGCCUUAGGUCUUCAGUUUGGAGGGUUUUUGUAUUUUUGAGGAUUCCUGUACUCUGUAUCCUGUUCCCACAUCUCCUCACACGGAAAGAAAUGAUGUAUUUGUGCCUUCUGUGAGGGAUGGGGGGAAGAAAUGGUCCCAGGUAUCCCUAUUUCCCAGCCCCUCCUCCCUCUCCAGGUCCCCCCACAGCAAUAAAAGCUUCCCCCGGGUAUCCUUCCCUUUGAUCUGUAGUUUGAACAAAUAUAUUUAUAUGAUAUGUA